CAUCCCAUAGGCAGCACAGUUUUUGUUCUUUUAGAUUGUGUUUGAACUUUGUAAAAGGUUUAAUUUAAAGAGAAUAGAACAGUUCACAAAAUAAACAUAUUCUGUCUCUCACUGACAUCCUACUCACUCCCAAUGCUGAACAAGGGAUAAUCGUAUUUAUAUAGCCACAACUGUUUAAUUCUCCAUGUCACUCUUUAUUUCUCUCCAGGCCCAGACAGCUGUAAUCUAGGCAGCGUGGCCAAUGGAGGCUGCGAGUACUUGUGUCUUAAGGCUCCGCAGAUCACUGAACACUCGCCCAAAUACACCUGCGCCUGCCCUGACAGGCAGGACCUGGGGCCCGAGAUGAGAGGCUGUGUUCCAGCAGCACCAAGAAACGACACACCAGCAUCCUCACCUCCCACUGGAUUCACGCCUGGCACCAGAGCAACUGAUGUGGAAGACUUCCCCCCUCCCUCAGGUGGAGUGUCGCAGGCCGACGCCACCCCCCACCUGACCACAGCUCCCUCUGGGGGCCCCGAGCCCUUCACACCCCUCUCCACUCUCAAGCCUUUAUCGUCACAGGAGUCAAAGGCACUGGGCUCCCACUCCCACUCCACCGCCACCGUGAUGGUGAUGACCACCACCCCGGGGGGGGACAGCAGCGUCUCGCAACACUCCGGAAGAGAGCAUUUCCUCAUGGGCGAGAACCUGACAGUGGCUGUUCUGGGACUGGUCAUCCCCAUCGUUCCUAUCGUUGCCACAGUGGUGUUCGGCCUGGUGUGUGCCGGGGUCUACAUGGUGUGGCGCAACUGGCGGAGCAACUCCACCAAGAGCAUGAACUUCGACAACCCCGUCUACCGCAAGACCACCGGCGAGGGCGAGGAGGACGAGAUCCACAUUGGGCGGUCGGACGGCAUGGGACACCACGUGCACCACCACCCGUACCCGCCAGGAGUCAACAUGGGCGUGGUGGGAGCAGGGGGUGGCACUUGCCCGCAGUUCAUCGCCCUGCCACUGGGGGGCAGCAUGCCCGACCCGGGGACUCACUGGUACACGGAGCAGCCCAUGCUCUCCACGGCAAAGUGACCCCCGGGGGCGGACUCAGGGGGAGACGGCCACUCAGGCACACGCACACACAGCGAAUCAGGGGGACACGGACUGAGUUUGUAGAAGGUACGAACAUCAAGUGUUACGUCCAGACAUGUCCUAUGCCAAAUUCCAUUUGAAAAACAGCCAAAUUAAUGACUGACAUGUUUCUUUAAGAAAAAUGUUUCAUACCUUUCCUGUGCUGGACCAGGAUCUACUUUUUUCCGGUAAACACUGAGAAUUAAUUAUUAAUGUGUUGUAACGUGAACCCGACAUUGACCUGAACUGGAAUACGGAGUCAGACUGUUUCAUCGUUUUGAGUCUCUUGCAUUGGUAAGUGUGCUGUGUGUCGUAUAUUUUGUGACGUGGCUACUGAGAGGUCCUGUUUUGUGUUUAGUUUUUCUAAAUUUGUCUUAUUCCUGGUGGACCGCAGAGUUCUUGGAACACCUGUUUAGAAAGGAGAAGCUCUGAAACUGAUACAGUAUCCGCGUUGAUGGGAUAAUCUGUACAGAUUCACGUUAGAAUCGAUCACAAAUGUAAUCAACCGUCAUUACUGGAGCUGGCUUUUGUCAAUUUCCCUGCAUGGGUGUCCCUCAAUAAGACUUUUUCCAUCCUGAUUGAUUUUAAAGAAAGGUUACCACCCACAUUACGGCCUUUCUCUCUGGUUCCAGGGAAAGCUUCUCAAGGGUGAUUUGUUAUUUCAGAGUGCAGAGAAACCACAUUGAUUUAAGGGGAAAUGUUUUUAUUUGACACCCCAGAGUUUUGCGGAUUGGAGAGAAGACAAACAGUAUUUAGAGAACAGAGAAUUUGCGGUUCGAAGGAAAGUGGAUUUUUUUUCACGCACAAGUCCUUUCUCAUUGUGAGUUAUUUAUAUGUUAAAUGGUUUGAGAAAAAGCAAUAGACUCCAGCUUUAAGUCAGGCCGCAGCGUUUACGUGGUGGAGAGAAACCCUCGAGAGUUAACACUUUUAUUUGAUCGCCCGCUUUUGACUGUGACAAAAUGCGCACAUGAAUACACAUAGGGCGCAGCGAUGGCAAAACCCUGCUGCUCUCCAGAGGAUGGAGGCAAUGUGCACUCGCCCUCCCAAAACACAAACAGCAUGCAUAAUCGCUCACCAGCUGACAAUGCAGCCAUUCAUUGUCCCAGGCAUACACACACACAAAUGCACGCACACACUCACAGAAGCACGCUGGUUUUUAAAGCCCGCUCCCCUCCUCCCACUCAGAUCUGUGAUAUCAGAGCAGACAGUUUAGAUGGUGCCAUGUGGUGGCAUGAUGAAAAAAGACCUGUCAUGUGAUGUAGCCGCGGAAAACAAAACAUCUGACUGUGAUGUAACAAAGGGGAGAAAAGUGUGCUGGUUUAGCUACGUCAUUCCCCUAUUUAUAAACCUUAAAAGUGUGUGUGUGGGUGUGUGUUUGUUCAUUAUUAUGCAUGUGAGUGCUAAUGUUCAUCCCACAGCCAUAUUUGAACCGUUUUGUAUGCUCUCUGUUGCACAACCCUCUUAGAAUGCCUUCUGUAAUGUGGACUGCAUGUAAGGAAACAGUGUGUGAAAGUGUGUGUGGAUACACAGGUGUGUAAGUUUAUGUGUGUGACAGUGUGUGUAUGAGACAGCGUGUGACACUUGAGAAGAGGGUGCUUUUUGAUUCAUUGAUUUGUAAAUAUGUUUUCAUAAGGUUUUUUGAUAAUGUAUUAUACAAUUAUGUAAAAGAAAAAGAUGUACAUAAGAUUUUAGAUAAAGUGUCGACAGGUAUAUUAAUUUAUUUGUAUAACAGCAGAGCACUGCAUUCCCUGAUUGUAAAGAUUUGAAUAAUCCACCAAAGUGGUUUGUGUUGUUUUCCUUGCCGUGCACCACUUAGCGUCCUUAUUUUGUGCAACCCUUCUUUUCUUUGUUGUCCACGUAAAAUAUGGCGUCCCAUUCCCGACAACUUGAGUAUUAAGUAGAUGAUUCAUUUUUGUUUAUUUGUGCCUUUUGGUUGAUUUUUUUGUAUUCUCCUGUAGUGUUUUUCAAGAUAAAGACAGGGAUCAGCCAACUACUGUACAUGCAAAGAUAAAAUGUGUAUGAAGAUCAAACUGGUUCCACUUUUUGAUUUUCUGUAAUGGAUUACUUUUUAAUAUCUCUAUAUAUUGAUAUAUAAAAUCUGACUGAAAAUUUC